GGUUCUGAGGGUCCCCGCAGGGGCAGGGCGGGGGGUCUGGCGUCGUUAGGGGCCCGAUGGGUUUUGCGGUUCCCGUAGCGGCAGGGCCAUUGCCCCGGCAGCCCUCGGUUCCCCACAGCCGCAGCACGGCUCUGACGUCUGGUUAGGGGCGGAAGGCCUGGCAGCUCAAGAGCCGACCCUCCCCCUGCGUGGGGCUGGGGGCAGCGCUGCUGUAAGGCCUCGGUUAGAAAUCCCUGCUGUUGUAAGGGAGGACUGGGGGCCUUGACGUUUGUUUUGCCACAGCAGGGCCAGCAGAGAGAUCCCUGUAGGUGUUGUGGUGGGUCUGAACCUCUGCAGCAGAUGUGGGUGGGGAAGGGCUGCUGCUGUAGGUGCAGGUUGGGUCUCCUGUGCUGUGGGAGUGUUUGGAUGUAGAUCAGGGACCCUCUCUAUUUUUUUUCUAUGCAGAGAUCCCUGCGGGUGUAGACACAGCCCGCAGGUGGAUAGCUUAGAGAUUCUCCUCAGGACCAAGAGAUCUCAGUUCAGGGCUCUGAGAUCACUGGAAGGUUCAGACCAGCACAUCUUUAUUUCAAACAUCCCAUAGGCAAAGUGUAGGACAGGGCUGCCUGCAGGUUCUUGUGGCACGCAGCCAGGCCACAAACCGUGCCGGACUGCGGGAGCCUCCAGGAGUCCUUCACACGUGGUGCUCUGCUUGCAGCUGGGGACGAGGGACGAGCACUUCAGCCUGCUGCUGGAAGCAGCGCCUGCCAGUUGUGGCUCUUCUAUGCCUGUAGCUGAUAAUAACCAUGUCAGCUCAGGAGGACAGAUGGAUUUCUUCCUUCUCUUUCCUGCUCUUCUGUGCUGUCUCCAUUCCAAUGCUGGGAAGUGCAAGUCUGCUACAGGAGUUGAGCCCCCACGAGUAUUUCAGUGGCUUGCAAGCUAGCAAGGCUUCCUUGGCUUAUUUCAGCCAUACUGUUUCUCCUGGUGCCCAGCCCUUCUUGGAACAGAUUGAAAACUCGGUUGAGGCUCUGCACGACUAUGGCAUUUCAGUGGUGAAGGUCAAGUGUUCCAAAGAGGAUGUCUCAAGAUACUGUGGAAAAGAGAAUGCGUUAAGGAAAGCCUACCUGUUCAGAGGUAACGUUCUGAUCAGAGAAUUCCCUACUGACGCCUUGUUUGAUGUGAACUCCAUUGUUGCUAAUGUUCUUUUUGCCCUGCUGUUUAAUGAAGUUAAAUAUGUUGAAACACCAACGGAUCUUCAGAACAUAGAAAAUGCACUGAAAGGGAAAUCAAACAUGGUCUUUGCAUAUGUACCAGCUACUGGAACAGCAGAGCACAGAGCUGUGAUGGAGGUGGCUUUUGUCUAUGGAACUGUCCACCAGUUUGUUCUAACAACUGAGGCAACGCUGCUGAAAGACACUGGCAGCAAGGAGCCUGAGGUAUCAUCUGCCCAGCUGUUGUUCUGCCAUUGCCAACAGGCCGUGGACCUGGCACAGCCCUGCAGGAGGACACCCUUGGAGCAGGAUCUGACAGUGCUAAACAUCCACAGACACCUCAAACUCAUGGGAGCUCCUCUUGUGACUGAAGUUGCUGAAGACCCAGAGAAAGUUUCCACUGUUCACUUACAGCUUGGGCUUCCGCUUGUGUUCAUCCUCAGCCAGAAAGAAACUUACGAGGCAGACAGGAGAACAGCAGAAUUUUUGGCCUGGAAACUUCUGGGGAAAGCAGGAGUUGCCAUUUUGUCCAGGGACCGGGUGAAUUUGAACAUUCUGCGGCGGACCAACGUUGCUCUCAAAACACCGGAUGAGGGAGUGCCAAUCAAAUACCUGGUCUUGGAAGACACUGAGGAAGUUAUAACUCUGGUGGAAGAUAAGAGCAAGGUUAAACAAAUCCAGAAGAAUGAGGAGGAAGAUGAGGAAGAUGAGGAUGAAAAAGAUAAUGACAAUCAAGACAUACAGGAUGAUCAGGUGGUGGAAGCAGUUUCCAGGGACAAGAAGCGAGAGCUGCCCCUGGAUCAGAUCCUUACCCUGACAGAAGAGACCUUUCACUCUGCCAUGGUGGAAGCUGCCCAGACAGUGGUGCUGUUUUAUGCCAGCUGGGAGGCAGUGUCCCUGGCAGUGCUACAGUCUUACACAGAGGUGGCUGAUCACCUGAAAGGAACUCAGGGGAUUUUGCUGUCUCGAGUAAACUGCUGGGACUGGCCUGGUGUUUGCACAAUGGAGAAUGUCACUCAGUUUCCUACCAUAAAGAUUUACAAGAAGGGAGAGCAACCAAUAACGUACAGUGGCAUGUUGGGAACUGAAGAACUGACCAGUUUCAUCGUGUUGAGUCAAGUCUCUUGCCCUCUGAAGCUGGCAACGAUUGAUGAAGCAGAACAGUAUUUAAGAGGAGAGCUUCCAUCUGAGCUGUCGUCCUAUCGCCACUCUUUUGUUCUGGGAGUAUUCAGCACAGCCACAAGUAAAGUCAGGGAAGCCUUCACAGAGGCAGGAAGCAUCUUAAGUGGGCACGUAACAACAGGGAUGUAUUUCGAAGAUGAUGUCUUGGCUUUGUCCCAUAAAUACGCAGUGUCUCCUCCUGCCCUCCUCCUUGCCAGGAGCAGCAGUCAGAGCGUGGAAGGCAUCGCUUUGUCCAAGCAGAGUGCACAGGACAUCGUGGAGAUGAUCAGAUAUGAGCUGCUGGAUCUUUUUCCAGAAAUCACCGUGCAAAAUCUGCCCCGCUACUUGCAACUCGGAAAGCCUUUCCUCAUCUUGUUUAGUGAUGGUGACAUUGGUCAAACAGAAAGCAAGGAAAUGCUGACACUGGCAAAAGGGAGAUCUCAGCAAGCAUUUGUGUCGUGCUGGUUGAACUUGAAGAACACUCCAGUGGGCCGUGGGGUCCUGAAGGCAUACUUUGCCACCAUACCUUCAUUGCCUGCUCUUGUCUGGGUGAACCUUCAUGCUGGAGGUCAAGUGUUUAAGUUCCCAUCAGAGCAGUCAAUCACUGAAAUGAACAUCUUAUCUUGGCUGGAGAAACUGAAGGCAGGACUGGAGAUUCCCAGCAGUACCCUGUCUGAGGAAGACUGGAAACCACCUCUUCCUGCUUACGAUUUCCUCCAGAUGAUGGAGGCCGCAGGGCCCGAAUUCACCCUCCAUACCUCCUCUCACCAAGAGGACAGACAGGAGCAGCAGCAGCUGCAAGGCUCUGAAGAAAAAGCCACAAUCAGAGAGGAACUGAUUGAGCAAGUCGGGGUGAAAGCAGGGAAAGCCCAGGGCCCUGGGAGGGACCUGCGGGGCACAGCCCCAAGGUUGGCAGGCAGGGAAAAGCAGGCCAGGAGGCACAGUGAGCUGUGAGAGCAGGAGGCUGUGGGACAGUGCCCUCAGUGAGCCUUUGCAGCAGAGAGAGAAGUGAGUUCAACUGUAAAUUGACAGGAAUGGCCCUUAAAUUUCGGUCUAAAUUCUGUGUUGCAGUUCUGUAGUUCUGUCUGUAGUUCUGUUGCAGGUAGUUCUGUGGUACCUGUGAUUUCUGAUAGCAGAAACACAUCCAUACGACACGUGGCUUGGCCCUCCUGGGUGCAGGCCGUGUUGCAUUUCACAGUAAAUUGUGAGAGCAGGUCUUCAUGAAGGUUGCUGCUGAGUUCUGCCUGCCUGUUCGUUAGUGGAGAGGCAGAGUGAGGUCACUUGGCAUACUGAGGGCUUGCCCACACAGAAAUUAUGCCAGAAAAGUUGAAACACUGCAGCUUUUCUUCACAGUUUCUAUAUAUCUGAGCAGGAAGAGAGCGAGUGAUUCCGGGAUAAAGAACAUUUAUCUUCCCUUCGUUUCAGCAGAGGCUCUACAGAGUUGUGUUGGCAAGCUGUGCUCUCCAUAAACAGUUAAAUCUGCACGGUAACUGUGCAGAGCUGGGAGGGCAAACAAACCUCUGGCUGGAAGGCUGAAGUGUUUAAACUGACAUGCGAUUGUUUACACCUGAGUGGUGAACUGAAUCCACGGGUGUUCUCAUUCCCAGGGGUAAUAGCAUAUCUGGCUAAAGCAGCUUUAUUAUGAAGAGCUCAGGUCAUCACAACAGCUGCGAGUACCCAAAAUAAAGAUUUGCCAGCAAAGCCCAAAGGCGGGCAGAUUGGAAGGUGGCUUUGCUCAAUGCUGGCAUUUUCUUGGUUGUGAGCCCAGGGGGUUAUUUACAGCUUCUGCUUCGUUUUCUUUGGUCUGGGUAACAGCAGUGAGGUUGGUGCCUUCUGAGCCAAGGAUGGUGCAGGAAAUGAGGUCUGCAGAAAGACCAGCGCAGAGAUAAGGAGAAGUGAGAGGCAAGGCUGGCAGUAUUGGGGACAGGUGGUGCCAAUGUGGGACAGAGCUGUUUCACAUCCUUCUGGUGAUGAGUGGGAGAUCUGGAGCGUGGGGAAGUGGCAUUUCAGCCUCUGCUCCUUUCCUUGGGACGGUCUGAUUCCGUGCUGCAAGACAGCAUGGGAUAUGACCUGGACGGAGCAAUGUUUUAGGAAGAAAGCUUUGUCUAAUUCCACUAAUGGCCACAACAGUCUUCCCACUGCCUUUAGUAAACAUCUGCUCUGUUCCACAGCCCUGCUGAGAUGUGAGGGGAGGGUCAGGUCCUCCCCCUGUUUGUGGCUCUGAAGCUACUGGUGAGGGGAAAAAAUGAUGUUAAGGAUCUGCUGAGAGCCCUGUGAAGUCUCUCUCGUCCUGCAAGCAGCCCACAUAGAUGGGAAUAUUUUGAAAUGCCAAGGAAUAGACCAUUAGUUCUGUGCCCUCCAUGCAGCCCAUAAUUGAAACAGACCAUUUUUGGACUCUGACAGGCUCAGAGCCAGAACGUAUGUAUUUAAAGUAAUAAAUGUGCAGUACACAGUCUUCCAUGCAGCUGCAUUUUCCCAAGGAAAGGAGUAGGUCAGUGUGCAAGCAGAGCCUCUGUGAGUUCCCAUCAUUCCUCUGCAACUCAAAUUUGUAACACUGUGCUCCAUGACCUGUACACGGGUAAUUUCCAGCACUAACCCAGCACUGGUGGCUGCUUUCCCUCUUACUGCAUCACUCUUCAGGCAGACAAAGUGCAAUGUUUGGGCUUUUCAUUCAUCUCUUAAAUAAACUCUUAUCUCAAGUUCAACUUGAGAUCUGCAUUUGGGUCCUGGAGCAGCAUGUCUAGGAUGGAAGCACGCUUCCAGGAAGGCUCCUUGGCUGCUGAGUGCAGUUGCAGGAGGAUCACUGACUUAGCAGAUUUUGUGCAAUACCAGGAGCCUUCCCGGAUCCCCGCUGCUUUUGGCUGCGUGUCAUUUUUCUAUCACAGGUCUUCGCUGCUCAGCAUCCAAGUAGAAGCCUGUCACUAGGGGUCAGUGCCACAUCUCAGUUCUGGCUGGAAGAAUUGCUGCCUCUCGUGCUGCUUAAUCGAUCCUGGAGAGCUGCCAUCAAAGCAAUGGGGGUCCAGGAAACUGAUACCCUGUGGGGGUGCUGAUGGCUGAGGGCCUGUUUGCUGCUGGGGAGGGGGGGACAGUGGCUGCAGGAAGCCGAAGGGCUGGGGGGCUCACAGCUCUGGGGGUUUCAGCAUUCAUAUCACCAGUGGGUUCCCCAACCCUGAGCCUCCCAGCAGGGAGGUGCCAGGAGCCCUGAGCCCAGCCAGCAGCUCUGUGCAGCCACGGCUGUAGGCACCACGGAGGAGACAUGCUUGGCCACAUCUCAUGGCCAUGGGCUGCGUUAGGUGGGGCUGCUGGCCCUGAGCACAGGUCUGGGUCAGGGUCCUGGGCUGCAUCAGGUCUCAUGGUUUGACUCUGGGUUUGACUCCUCAGCGCUUGGGCAUGGAGGAAAUCUUUACAGGCAUGCGUGUACCCAGAUAUGUGCAUAUAGAAAGAAAAUGUUCUGCAUAUUGAGAGCAGUUUGUUGUCUGCAUCUUACAGCCUUCGCAUUCGCUGGCAGCAGCAGUCCUGCAUUGUGUUCGUUUUAGUAGCUGUGACUCUGAGAAGACCAACAUGGAAAGAAAUAAUAAAUGCUAAUGGCCUCGAGUGAAAA